GGGCACAGCACACUUUAAUAACUGCAAGGCAAGCACGCCAUACACUCGCGAGGAGCGCCGGCUUGAAUGCCGUCCGGCGCGCUCGACAGUGAGAGGUUACAGCUCGCGGGCAGUCACGUGACGCGCUGUGCCGCUGGCUGAGGGGGUGCGAUUAGCAGAUUUUUCUAUUUUGUACAUACGCCAUUUUGUAUAUACUGUACGGCGAUGACCUCAUUAGGCGAUCGAUCUUGGGGCCCUCGGGACAAAGUUUUGCCCACAGUGACACAAGCUUCACAGACUCAGAGACAGAUUCAGGCCACAGCAGAACAGAUCAGGCUGGCCCAGAUGAUCUAUGACACAAAUGAUGCAGAUUUUGAGGACAAAAUCAAACAGCUGAUGGAGGUCACAGGAAAGAACCAAGACGAGUGUGUGUUAGCACUACAUGACUGCAAGGAAGACAUUAUCAAAGCCAUCAACUUCCUUCUGGAAGGGAGCUCAGAUGUGACUUCAUGGGAGACUGUGGGACGGAGGCGUGUCCCUGGGAAGGAAAGCUCCUCUACAGAGAACAAGGAGAACCGGGAGAAGAGGAUGGACAAGGAGGCCCCACGGGGUCGUGGGGAGGCAAACAGGAGAGGCAGGGGGGCCAACCACAGCCAGGAGGGUCGCGGACGGGGUUCAGCCCGUGUGGGCAGCCGCUUUUCUGCACAGAGAAUGGGGACAUUUAACCCAGCCGACUAUACCCCAGACUCAGCCAAAAGGCAGGUGGAGACACAAGGCACAGGAUCAUGGCAAAACCCGUUGGAUGACUGGGCUGUGGAGGACUGGAAUGAAGAUCUGUCUGAGACCAAAGUGUUCACUGCAUCUUCUGUACCUGUGACUGAGCACCACGCCACUGCUGCACAGAGUCUGGAUCUGGCCUCUCUGCUUAAGAAGCCAAAUGGAGAGCUGGAGCUGGACAGCACAGAGCCCCACUCCCCCCAGGCCUUGGGCCAUAGCCUGGUGUUUACCAACUCACAUCAUCAGCCGCCCCCCAAUGGAGGCCCUGCCCUCAGUUAUGCACAUGCUGCCCUGUCCUCUGUCUUGGGUGUGAGCUUAAGGGAUGUUGAUGUGCCAAAGCUGAGUCCUUCAGCCGCAGUGCAGACUUUGGAGCAGAUGAAGGAGGUGGGGCCAAAUCCUUGCCAGCCCACCAGCAGCACUGCCAUAGACUCUGUAGCGUCACAUGGACGUGGGGCCUCAAGUUCCAGCUCUUCGUUCCAACCUGUGGCUGCCCAGUUCAGUAGGGACUUUGGGACCCAGCCAGAGCCUUCCCUGGUCUUGAGUCAGCUGACACACGGGCAGCAGGAUGUCGGCUCUUGCACAAAGCCCAGUGCCUCGGCACAGCUAGCUAGUCCAUCCAUCCACGUCGUCCCUUCCACCCUGGAGUCCUCUAAACCCAGAGAUUCGGAGGGAUCUUCCUCUAGUGGCAGGUUUGACCCCUUGACCACCUGUGUGCUCGAGUCCCAGGUCUGCUCUACACAACAGAGGCAGGCAAAGAUACAGAAACGCAAGAUACCUCCAGCAUCAAAGAUUCCUGUAUCAGCAGUUGAGAUGCCCGGUUUGGCUGAUGUCUCUGGGCUCAAUGUGCAGUUUGGAGCUCUGGAUUUUGCCUCAGAACCAGCGUUACCGGUGCAGAUCCAGCCAGAAAAUGGUCCCAACAGCAGCGUCCCAGAAGCGGCACCAGCACCACAUGCUCAGAACCUGCACCUGAGACCCCCCAUCAGUUAUCACCAGCCUCCUGUGUCUCUGUGUGAUCUUCCCUCUCCCACCCUGAGAAGUUCUGGACCUGUGUACUCUCCCCCCUUCACCCCUGGUUUUGAGGGGAGCCUGCCCCCCGAUUCCCGCCCGGCCUACCCCCACAGCCCGGACCCCAACCCCUCUGUUGUCUCGAAUGUAUGUCAUGGUGCCAAGACGUCACCCGCAGCAGACUCUCUACCCAGCACUACCACCCCCAAAGCAGACUGUCCCUCUCAGGUUCCUUCCAGUGGUACAGCUGCCCCCUUGGUGCCCACAGACAGCAGCAUGCUGCCCGUCCGGAUUCCUGAAGCACUGGCUGACCACAGCAGUGCCAUGUUAAAUGGAAGUUCUUCCAGCUGUGCCUCCUCCUCUGUAACAAACUCCAGUGUGGACACCCCAAACUGCCUGCCCCUCCUAUCAGGGUCAGACCCUGGGGCUGUCAGUGGUUGGGCCGUGGGCUCAGGCGGCCUCGGUCUGAUUGGAAACAGGGCAGCCGUGCCUUCAAUGUGUCGCACUGCACCACUGCCACCAUCAUCAAAUAAAGCCCCCCCAAACCUCACACAGGGGGUGUCACCGCUGCUUACCAGUCAGUACAUCGUAGGCCCAGGGGGGCUUCUUCCUGCAUACCCGCAGAUCUAUGGCUAUGAAGACCUCCAUGUACUACAGUCCCGACUCUCCAUGGAGUACUAUGGGAUGGCUUUUCCAAACCCUACUGUGCCGCUUUCGAGCAGAGAUGGAAAUCUACCCAAUAGCUCUUGUUCAGGUGAAGAAACAAAGUUUGGGAGGGCUGACUCGCCAGCCCCGGCCUCCACCAUGUUGACACCCCUCCCUCCACAGCCAGCACCUCCUCCCCAGAACCAGCCGCAGAACCAGAGCCAUCAGCAGCCUCACCACAGCUCCCAGCAGACCUUUCUCAACCCAGCCCUACCCCCUGGUUACAGCUACCCGGGCCUACCUUACUACCCCAGUAUGGCAGGGGUCCCCGGCACCUUCCAAUACGGCCCCACCGUGUUUGUGCCUCCUGCCUCGGCCAAGCAGCAGGGAGUGGGGCUCGGGGGGGCCUCCGGGCCUUUGCAGCAGCAUUCGUACGGCUCAGGGUAUGACAAUCUGACGCAGGGCCCCCCAGGCACAGGGGAGUACAAUAAAGGAUACAAUGGUCUCUCCCAGGCACAGGCAAAAUGUUCUGCUGCAGGUUCAGGAAAAGUCAUCUCUGUGACAUCCAGCUCUGGUGCAGCCGACAGUAGUGGUUCAGUUUAUAAGACCCAGGCCUUUGAUGGGCAGGGUUUCCACACUGGGACAACGCCACCGUUCAGUCUGCCAUCGGCACUGGGCAGUUCUGGGCCCCUGAAUCCAGGGGGAGGCCCAGGUUAUACUCCAGCCCCCUUCCUCCACAUCCUCCCAGCGCACCAGCAACCCCAGGGCCACCUGCUGCACCAUUCUCUGACGCAGGACAACCAGGGUAGUCAACGCACCCAGUCCAACAUGUCCCAGGCCACCAAGGCUACCUAUGGAAGCUCCCCUUACUGGGGCAACUGAGACAUGGCAAAGGUAGAACAUGAAAUGUGAUUCCUGUAUUUUGUGCUGAAGGGUAUUUUUAUGAAGAACCAGCCCAUGACAGGCAUUGUGACUGGAAGGACAGUCUGACUACACAACUGACCAAGCAGGAACACCACUGGGAGCUUCACUUUUUUCUAUGGACUGAAGUUAAGAAUAAUAUUCCUGGUGGAUGACAUGCCUCCCUUAUGGUCGCUCACCAAUAAAAGUUGAGCUGUU